AUGUCGUCCGAAUUAGGUUUACUCCGACAAGAAAAUGCAAAACUUAUGGUUGAGAACGCUUUGCUCCUGGCUAAGGAAGCGGGUUUAUGGCCAGAAUUGUGGAAAGGCUUAAAGCAAAUUUUUCAUCCUCCUGAAAAUCAUUCAUCUUACCAUGUCGUCUGUGGUGAACAUGGAGCCGGGAAAACUACGUUGACGAGAUUAACGGCAAGAAAAUUUGGACAGGGCGUUAUAUAUGUUGAUGUUCCAGCAAACCUUGACGAAUUUGGUGACGAAUUUGAUUCUCUUUAUUAUAGAGGAAUCAAAGCAUCACAAGUGGAAUCCGGAUAUCUCCAGGAUGAUGCAAAGGACAAGCCGAUUUCAGUAAAUACAUCGCAGUAUUUGCCUGUACGGUCCCUCGAAGAAUGGAAUGUAAGUAUAGUUUUUGGUCGUCUUGAGGGAAAUAAGCGAGAAAGAAUCAAUGGAAUAUCUAAUCAACAAGCGGAAGAUAAAACCUGUAGAGGCAAAAAAAAAUAUGAUCUAGUAGGUGGGCGCAUCAGAUCACGUCUAAUAAAUUUCUGGCUGGACAACCCUUUGAAGCAGUCAACCCUAGCUGAAGUCAAGAAGAAAUUUGAUUUCGCAAAACUCCUUCGAAAUCAAUCACGUCACGAAACAGGAAAGCGUGUCAUCCAUGCACUGCUUGAUUCGGAGGAGAUUGAUACUGAUGUAUUUAGAAUGAUAAGGAAUACGGUGAAGUUUUAG